AUGAAUUGCAUCACAUGGAACUGCCAAGGCGCUGGUGGUCGUGUGUUCCACCGCGUCCUGAAAAAUUUACUCCAAACCCAUAAGCCGGCCAUUUUGGGCCUUGUCGAGCCAAAGGUCUCGGGUAUCCACGCCAACACUAUCUGUAAACGGCUGGGUUUCUCGGAUUGGGUCCGGGUCGAGUCGGUUGGUUUUAGUGGGGGGAUAUGGGUUUUAUGGAACGCUUCUCUGCGGGUUUCUGUAAUCAAAACUCAUCCCCAAUUCGUUGUUUUGCAAGUUAGGGACGAUAAUCUUAAUCCUUGGUACUACGCGAUCGUGUAUGGCAGUCCAACUCACCAUCUUCGUCGGAGGUUGUGGUCUGAAUUAAACAUGGCAAAGUUGCAGCUAGAUGGUCCCUGCCUAGUAGCGGGGGACUUCAACUCGGUUCUUAUCAAAGAUGAAACGUGCAACUAUACCGCCUUCUCUACUCAGCGUAGUUCGGAUUUUGCAAAUUGGAUAAAUUCUGAAGGUUGGAUCGACAUGGGCUUCAAUGGUCCUCCUUUAACUUGGGUUCGUGGCCAGGUCACGGGUAUAGAUAAAGGUGCUCGUUUAGAUCGGGCUCUCUGUAAUGUUGCGUGGCGACAGCUUUUCCCCGAAUCCAUGGUCUCUCAUCUUCCACGGCUCGCAUCAGACCACGCUCCCCUCUUGAUCACAAUUGAGAAACGUGUUUCUAGUCUUACUCGCCAUUAUUUCAAAUUUCAGGCGGCUUGGUUUACUGAUCCGAGCUUCAUGAACUUAGUCCGGAAUUCUUGGGUUAGGACUGGGGAUGUAUGCAGCAACGUUAACCGGGUGGAAUCUGCCUUAACAAUAUGGAACCGGUCAGUGUUUGGUAACAUACAUCGCCGGAAGAAAACUGUGUUGGCCCGCCUUAGUGGAGUACAACGCCGUCUUUCAACAGCUUUCCAUCGCGGUUUGGCUAAACUGGAACAAAACCUGACAAAUGAGUAUCAUGAAAUCCUUUUUCAAGAAGAACUUCUUUGGUUCCAACGCUCUCGGGAAGAAUGGAUCAAUUCCGAUGACAGAAACACGGCAUACUAUCAUGCGUCCACAACCAUUCGUAAAGCUCGUAAUUCGAUCAAAAGCCUAAGGGAUGAUCUUGGUAACUAG